AUAUUCAUUCCUUCUUCAGUUUCUGUUCCUCUCAGCAGCAGCCUGCAGGCCGCCAGAGCUGCUUUGGCCGGAGCCAUGCCACCUCUCCGCCUCCGCACCGCCUCCACGAUGACGCCCCUGUUGCUACUCACCCUCGCCGCCACCCUCGUCCAAGUGUCUGGUGAACAGUGCCACUACGAAGGGAAAACCUACGAAGCGGGCAGCAACGUGCCCACUGGAGAGAAGUGCCUCUCCUGCGUCUGCGGGGCCCGAGGUGGGGCCCCCGUGUGCCGCCUCCAAGUGUGCCCCCAACUGCCGGUGCCGCCUCCGAAGGGAUGCGUGCUGGUGCAUCGGCGAGACGAGUGCUGCCAGAAACUAGUUUGCGAGUCGCAUGGCGCAGAGGCCGUCCCGCAGAUCGAAAGGCGAGACGGAUCCGUGGAUUUGGGGGCUUUGGAGCUGCCAGCCGAAAACAAAGGCUGCGUCGAAAAUGGGACCCGAUACGCCGAGGGAUCGGCAAUGGGCUCCUCGACUCUGUGCGAAUAUUGCUACUGCGUGCGUGGAAAGCAGCAGUGUGUCAAGCCGCAGUGCGAGAUGCCCCUCAAAGAAUGCACUGCCAAAUACAUCCCGCUCACCUGCUGCCCCGUCAGUUACGACUGCUCCCCAAACCACGCACUCGGUGUUUCAACGACCGCCACUCCGCCAAAGACGAGCGGCUGCGUCGUGGAUGGCAAUCACCACAAAGAAGGCAGCAAGGUGCGGUCGACGGCCAAGAGUUGCGAGCACUGCUACUGCCUCCGCGGAGUGGUUCGUUGCGUCACGUUGGAGUGCGCGCGGCCCCUUUUAGGGUGCGAGCCCGUCUUUGAAGACGGAAAGUGCUGCCCCGUGCAGUACAAUUGCAGCAAAAUAAUGACCGAGCCCAUGAUACAAGAAAGGAGCACGGGGGACCCGUCGUCGAUAUUCCUCCAACUCUCUGAUGGAGUUAGAAGCCUGAACUCGCUGAAUGCGGUCGACCUGAGGAAGCACAGAGAAAUAACAGAAAACGAAACCGCAGACUCUACAACCAUGAAAACGGCACCGUUUGAAAUUCUGAGACGCAUCGAGAGCGAGAGUGCCGAGCUCCUGCUGAGGGAAGCAGAAAUAUUGACGACACGGAAACCUACGACCAGUACAAAAACUCCAGAAGUGCCAAAAUCCACAACGUCCACAACAAUUCCGCCGACCACUACGGUCAAAGAGCAGGUUUCGAUGGAGUCUCGAAUGGACAUUGACGUGACCACGGAGGGUUACGAAACGACCACUAAUGAACCCCUGGAAAUGACCACCGUUCAGGAGCCUUACGAAAUCGAAAUUUUGGUGAGACGACCUGGCCCAGAGUCGACCACGUCGUCAACAGCGACGACGACAACCACAACACCUGCGCCUGCGACCCCAACAACGACAGAAUCGGCGAAGACGUCCAUCCUGACCACCGCCAAGCCCGUGUUAAGCGACAGGGUGGACGUCCUCGACGAGCUCGACGAGACGACCAUGGAGUUGUUGGAAAUGAUGCACAAGGAGGCGGCAUCGUCGACCACGACCACCGUGAAAAGCACCCUGCCGCCCAUCAUCGAGGCCCUGAUAAACGCUCAAAAUUCGGAGGACGUGACCGUGGAGAACGAGUACGGGGAAGCACUGCCUCCGUCCCUGCCGAACAUCACAAUGAUUCCCUUCCUGCCCGAAGACGCGUUAGUCGAGAAGAAAGAGGACCCGACAGAGUUCAGCGCGAAUGAGUCGAGCACGCAGUUUGGCGGAUCAGGAAAGCCCGUCGUGGGAGCAAUUCCUCUCAAGCGAUUCUCUCCACCUUUAUCAUUCGUGGGCGGGUUUCUCCCUCGGCAGCCACUACUGACGGGCGAAAACCCGACCGCCGCCGUGCGCACCAGUCCAAAUCCCAACGAAAUCCUGACGUCGAUGCCUCCGCAGCUGAUUUCCAUCACGACCUCAAUGCCCGACAUUGAUCUGGACUCGCACACGGCCGAGGCGAUCGUCUCCACGACCAAGGACGUGCCCCUGGCAUCGCACAUCAGGGUUGCCCUGAACACGGGACCGAUGCCGUGCACCUCCCCUGACGGCCGCCAGGUGAAGCACGGUGACUUGCUGGCGCCCCCAGGCCCCUGUGAGGUCUGCAAGUGCGACCACGGAACCGUUCUCUGCCACGAGGAGCUAGAGUGCAUGAAACUGAUCAGAGGAAACGACGUGGACAUGCAGAAGCGGGUGGACACGACCGAGAGCAGCAACCUGCCGGUGGAGAGCAAGAUUGCCAAGGACGAGCUGUCGUUCGACAGCGUGUUCAAAUUCCUGUUCGACCCGCCGGCGUCCGCGUCCUCCUCCUUCGGCGGUGGCGGCGGCGGCGGAUCGCACAAGCCUCCUGCCGCUGCGCCAGUCAGCAGGCCGUCGCCGCCGCGGGUGUCGCGGCCGAAGCCGGCCCCUGUGGGUGCGGCGGCCAACGCGAUCGGCACCGGAUUCAGGGUGGCCGGCUGCAACAUCUACGGCCGCAUGUACCGGGUGGACAGGAUCAUUUCGGAGCUGUCGGAUCAAUGCCGCGAGUGCAAGUGCACCGAGCUGGGCGUCGAAUGCCAACCCCUUUACUGCUGAGCACCCCCGUCAAUCAAUCAAACCGUGUCAUGCGAAUUUUCAUAUGCUCCCACUCUCUAUGUAUUUUUCUUUUGCCGCCUGCAGAAGCAGGCAGAGCCAGCGCCGCGCGUUCAUAGCCAAAAUCGAUCAUAAACGCUAGGGAACGAGUGAUGCCGCGCUGUUUUCUGGGAAUUCUCGCCACUAUGUAUUAUUCACGGCGGGCGCCUCUUCGCGCAACAUCUCGCUUGUGCUCGCAUCAAAUAUUCGAAACGAUCUCAAACGAGAAAUUCGUCCAGCAGCUUUUUUAAUCAAUUCUCCGCCAAAAUUUCGUUUUGACGGCCAGUAUCAUGGAAGGGUAGCUCAAUUCGGGGGAACAACACAAAAUUGAAAUUAAUAGGGAUAGCAUUUUCCAGCUCCGUGCAUUGGCAUUUCGAUUUUAUAGAUUUAUGUUGUACCUGAUAAGGACAAAUUGGUUCGUAGCGCUCUCGAAUUUUGUUACUCUCUUCAACAGUAUGACCAUAUUGAUUUUGGUACUCCACACAAAUUUUAUGUUAGUUCAUAAGCUACAAAGAGGCUCAGCAUUUGUAGAAUUCCUUGUUAUUUUAAUUUCUUUUGUGUUACGGAAGAUUGUGCAUUCCAAUCAAAGACAAAAGUUCGUGUGACUCUAUCCAGAAACGAGAAUCAAGACGUUUUAAAAAGCAAAUUGUGAUUGAAUUACCACGAUAAGACAAAGACGACUAGUGACUUGCUACCAAAACUACUGAAAAAAUUAGAAAUAUCUCUUUAACACUAUUUAGCACCUUCAGUUGCUGAUAUUUUUCAAAUUGAUGACUUUCUGUUCGACUGACAAGCGACAUUAUUUUCUGCCUGCAAGAUGCACAAUCCUAUCUUUCUCUUCCCUUUGUAAGCAAAAUCAAUAACCCCAAGUCCAAUACAAACACUGUGUGGAAAUUACUUGCCACUUUGCCCCCUUGUAGAGAGUGUAGUAAAGUGCCGAAAAUGUUUAUCGGCUGCUGCAUUUUACGACGCUCUACUCCAUUCGUCUCUUUCACGUACACACUAACAAAUCCAGCCGCAUUUUAGUAGAAAGUAAGGAAACGUGUUUUAAUAUUGUAGCCAUACAUUUUCAUACUUUGUGUGAAUGGGGAUUAUUUUUAUUGCACACAGCAGCAGCGCGCACACGCCUCUUCCUCACUUUUAUUCUCGUCGUUCUUUUCCUCCCUUUCUCACUCGAUUCCGAGCAGGAAUAAUAAUGUGAAAUGUGUGGGUGUGUGCAAUAAUAAAGAAAAACUGUGGAAAUUGCUUUUAACGAGUAGCGGAAUAAAAAAUAAACCUCA